AUGGACUUCUUACCAACGACAUCUAUAUUAAAUCUUGAAAUAAUAAGAAUACGCUGUAUUGUGUAUGCAGAAGACAACAUGACGACAUUCAUUUCAAACGAGAAUCAACUAGAAACAUUUGAAUAUCUACAUGAAUCUCGAAAAAAAGUAAAUGAAAAUCUUCAAUUAGAUCGAACAUAUCAUCAUAAAAAUAAAAUCAUGUCAACUGAUGAUCAUAGUAUUGAUCAAGCAUUAUUAUCCUUAGACAAUUGUGUUGAUUCUAAACAAGGAAAUAUUCUUAAUACAAAUACAGCUGUUUCAGUUGCAGAUACAUCUACAUCUGUGGCAGGUAGCCUUAAUGUUUCUACUAAGCAAUCGUCUUUACUUUGUAAAAAUAUUCGUAAUUCAAGGCCAAUUGAAUCUGAUGAAGAAACAAUUGAUAAUGAAAAUCAUAUUAGUGAAAGAGACGAAGAAACAAAUAAUGUAACAUAUGUUAAACAAUCAACAGAUCAAUACCAAAAUAUUUCAAUAAUUAAAAAUAUUAAUCAACAAAAACGACAUAUUAUGAUAAGUUAUAACCAUUCAUCAAUAAAAACUUGUCGAAAAAUCUAUGAUCGCCUUGUAAAAAAAAAUUAUAAAGUAUGGAUGGACCUUGAUCAUAUGUUUGAUGAUAUACUUGCUGCAAUGGCACAAGCAGUAGAAAAUUCAUAUAUUGUUCUUCUUUGUAUUAAUCAACAAUAUUAUGAAAGUGAUUAUUGUCGAUUAGAAGCUGAAUAUGCUGCUGAAAAUCAUAUUAAAUUUAUUCCAUGUUUAAUGGAAGAAGCAUUUCGUCCUAAAAGUUGGUUAGGUAUAAUUAUUGGUUCAAAUUUUCAUAUUGAUUUUUCUUCAUCGAAUAAUUUUGAUCAAUCAUUUGAACAAUUAAUUCGUCAGAUUACUUAUAUUGAAAAACAAUUAUCUUUACAACCUCGUCGUACUCUUGCUUCUAACUCAAUGAUAAAUCCAACGAUAGCAACAUCAUCAUCAAUUCCAACAACAACAAUAACCGAUAAUAAAAAUUCAUAUAAAUUUGAUUCAAUUAUUCAUGAAUAUAAAAGAAUAAUAAAUAAGACAAAUUAUCAUUUGAAUGAAUUAAAUCGAAAUGAAUUAUUUGAACUUAUUAUUAAAAUUCGUCAAGAAUUAUUUCAUGAAACAACAAAAAUAUUAUUAGAUAAUAAACAAUCAAAUGAACAAGAUUAUAAAGAAUUUCUACAACAAUUUAUUAAUCGAACACUUAAACAAAAUGAAUUAUUAUUAAAAUUAAUUAAUAAUUUAACAAGACAACAAUCUAUAGAACAACAUAGAAGAAAUAAUUUUAAUGUCGAUAGUAUAUUUAAACUACUAUUUGGUAUUAUACUUUUAUGGACAUUAGUUUUAUUUUAUCAGAAAUGA